AUGUCAGGAAUUAAAUCGCCAUCGAUACGUUAUGAGGAUGGAAAAUUUAAGCGUCCCAGGUGCUGCCGAAGCUAUAAAAUAGCUGAAAGACUUGCGAAAGAAAAGCGACUACGCGUGUUUGAAAACUACCAGCCCACACAAACAACGGAAGUACAUGCAGACAGUCUUCAAACAGUUGUUCCAGGGAAAAUAUUCAGUGGAAUUAUAUGUGAAGUCGGAAACGGUGAUAACGUCUCUAUCAAAUGUUCAGAUGGUGUCCAUAAAUUCUUUCUAUCCAGCAUAAGAGCUCCACGACCACAGACCAGCAGCAAGGAAGACGAUUCUUCUGUCCAACGUGGUCGUAUUCGUCCGCUUUACGACAUACCUUAUGUGUUUGAAGCUAGAGAGGUACUUCGCCAGUUCGUCGGAAAACAAGAUUAUGGACCAAAAGUGAAUUUCAAACGACAGAAGGUGCAGAUUGGAGGAUUUGAUGGUCUGCCAGCAUAUUCUAGGUUCCUCAUAACACGUUACAAUGAUUUGAUUAAAGAAAGCAAAUCUCUUUGCCCUGAAUUUUUCCCAGUAGAGUUGUGCAACCUGGAGUAUAAAUCAGAUCGUGGAGCUUGUAUUGUACCGCACUAUGAUGAUUCAUGGUUGUGGGGUGAUCGAUUGGUGACUGUCAAUUUGAGUGGCGCCACUUAUUUAACUUUCACAUUACCGACAACUGAUGUGGUGGAUGGCAUAAACCACGAAUUUCAACGUGUUCAAUCGUGUGUGCCAAUGUUUCUCGAGGCUCAGUAA